AUGGAGGAGCCACCCGAUCCGCACGACCCCGGCGAGGGUCCGCGGGUCGGCGAUAACCCCCGCGCGGACGAGGACGCGCGGUCCGAGUCUGGCUCGGACGCCAGCACGUCCGGAAGCGAGAGCGUGUCGGAGGACGACGACGACGAGCCGAUGCUCAAGUACCAGCGGCUUGGGGGCGCGGUCCCCGCCAUCCUCUCCGACGACGUCGCGUCGUGCGCGUGCGCGGGGGGCAAUAUCAUCGUCCUGGGCACCAAGCGCGGCGUCGUGAUCGUCCUCGACCGCGGCGGCAACGAGCUCCGGCGGUUCACCGACGCCCAUCGCGCGCCCGUCAACGACGUCUGCCUCGACGCGCGUCGCGAGUGGGUCGGAUCGUGCGCCGACGACGGCACCUGCGCGGCGCACGCCCUGUACGACGACGACGACGCGCACGCGUCCUCCGCGUCCACCCGCGUCGUGCGAUGCGAGCACGACGCAGGUCCGGUUCGGUCCAUCGCGCUCGACCCUCGAUUCUCGUCCCGCGGAACUCGCCGGUUCGUCCGCGGCGGCGACGACGGAUCCCUCGUCCUCUCCGCCUCGAACAAGAACGGCGGUCCCCGGCGCGACGUCGUGUUGCACGCCGGGGAGGGUCCCGUGCGACGCGUGCGGUGGGCCGGGACCCUCAUCGCGUGGGCCAACGACGUCGGCGUGAAAGUUUACGACGAGGCUCGAGACAGACGAAUAGCGCACGUGGACAGGCCGCGGGGUAGCCCGCCGCCCGGCGCGUACCCCCCGCACAUCGCGUGGUGCGACGGGGCGCGGACCUUAGUCAUCGCGUGGGCCGACUGCGUCAAGGUGGCCGUGGUGAGGACGAGGACGUUGACGGCGUCGGAGAGGAGCGGGCGACCGCUCCGGUCGAAGACGACCGUGGCGCGGUUCGUCGAGGUCGUCGCCAUGUUUCAGACGGAUUACUUCGUCUGCGGGAUCGCGCCCUUUGGUCCGGACAGGCUCGUGGCCUUCGCGUUCGUCGACGGCGGGGGCGGGGAGGCGGCGGGCGACGCGGCGGAUGGCGAGGCGUCGCGCGCGCCGAGCUCGAGGCCGGAGGUGCGUGUGCUGACGUGGAAAAACGAGGACCUCACGUGCGACGCGCUCACCAUGAAAGGGUACGAGUCGUUUCAGGCUGGGGACUACCACCUCGCGGCGUGCGUGCCCGACGACGACGACCGUUACGACGACCGUUACGACGACGCGAGUGGUAGUCCUUCGUCAGACACAGCCGCGUACUAUCUCGUGUCGCCGCGGGACGUUUUGGUCGGUAAGCCUCGAACCGUCGCGGACAGGCUUCGAUGGCUGGUGGAGGAGCGGGGCGACUACGAGGCCGCGCUGGAGGCGUGCGACGCGGCGGUGGCGUCCGCCGUCCCGGCCAUCCCUCGGCGACGCGUCCGCGACGUCAUCGCGGACGCGUACCUUCAGUCGCACCUCGACGCGGGCGACCCGGCGCGCGGCGCGUCGCUGUGCCCACGGCUGCUGGGCACCGACGCGCUCAAGUGGGAGCGUUGGAUCGCGCGGUUCGCGGCGACGCCGAGGGCGCUGCCCCACCUCGCGCCCUACGUCCCGACCGAACACCCGAGGCUUUCAACCGCCGCGUACGAGCGCGUGCUGAACGCGUUCCUCCACGACCGACGCGACCACGCGCGUUUUCUCGCCACGGUCAAGGCGUGGGCGCCCACGAUAUACUCGGUGCCGUCGAUGGUAUCGGCGGUGAGGCGGAAGAUGGAUACGGGCGCCGGCGGGGAUUCGCCGACGCUGCGGGAGGCGCUGGCGGAGCUGUACCUGGCGGACGGCCAACGCGAUCGGGCGCUUCGUCUGCACCUGGAACUCGGGCGCCCGUCCGUCCUCGACUUUGUCAACAGGCACGGGCUGCUGCCGAUGUGCGCCAACAUGGAGGGUACUACGUACGACGCCCCGGCAGGAACCAACACGCUCGCGAGGUUGGCGAGGUUGGAUCCGUCGCGCGCGGCGACGAUGCUCGCGGAUGCCAGUUUUGUCAAAGGGGCUUUAUGCGUGCCCGCGGAGGUUACGGUUCGUGCGUUGACGGAGGCGGUGAACGCCGCGGACGUCCGGGGUACGCGCGAGUGCCUCCACCUGUACCUGCGCGAGCUGUUUAAACGGGAUCCCGACGCUGGGGAGAGGUGGCACCGAACUCAGCCGGCGCUCUACGCCGAGUUUCACCCUGAGGAGCUCUUAAACUUUUUGGAGAGGGCAAACGGGUACGAUCUCGCCGACGCUCUGGCCGUGUGCGAGCGCCACUUGUUGCUCAAGGAGCAGGUGUACCUGCUGUCGCGCGUCGGGGACGCGCCGAUGGCGCUGGACGUGAUCGUUGAAGGCCUGAGGGAUGCCAAGUACGCCGUUACGAGCGAGCUGGACGCGUACGCCGACGAACUGUGGACGGGGCUGAUAUCCCGCGUCGUGAAGACGGCGGGUUCGAGUCCUGCCCUCGUCGGGAAUCUGAUGGACGCGCUGGGCGCCGUGGACGGCGUGGACCCGCGGCGGGUGCUCGCCGCCACCCCGGUUGGAACCGAGGUGGAGGGCGCGAGGAAUCGGCUGCGACGCAUCUUAACGCGGAGUCGACGCGCGGAGCGAGAGGCGGAGGCGCGACGGGCGGAGGCGGAGAGGGAGCUUGCCGAGAUUGAGGCGAUGGUGGACGCGGCGAGGCGGCGCGCGUUCGACGACGGGGCGGUCGAGAUUGAGGAUUAG